UUAAACCUCGAAGAAGAAGGAACGGCAGAAGAAGACGCCAAGAGACGCUUCAGCUUACUCAAGAGUUUUUGUUUUUGUAUUUUUAGCGAAUCGUUAGCAAAUGGCACAACAUUAUCUACGUCGAGCGGUCCCCGGUCGGAACAGGGUUGUCAUCAAUCUUUGCCCAAGAAAUGUUUUCUGAAAAUUGCUGUACUCUCAGAAAUCAUGUCUGCUGUAACGCCACAACCACCUGACUUGGCAGUGGCGUCUUCAGAAAGCCAACGAAGGUGCAGUUCUCUUCCUCAAGCUGUCAAUGACGCGAGACCGACCGAAGCACAACAGCAACCGAACUGGGUUGAGGGGAGCAGGGCCCAACCUUUGAGUAAUCCCACCAUGAGGUGGUUACUAGAGGACAAUCCCAGCAGCAGGCAGCCUCCAAUUGACGACUGCGUGCGGAUGGGGACGCUGUUCGGGAUGUUCAACAAGUGUCUGCGAGGGAUGGGUUUCAGCCAAAUGUACUUUGGGGACAAGAUAGUCGAACCUGUUGUGAUUGUCUUCUUCUGGCUUUUGCUGUGGUUCCUUGGCAUUCAGGCCCUGGGACUGGUGGGAACGCUUUGCAUCAUUAUCAUUUACAUCCAGGACUAAAGAGGUGGCCAUUUUCUGGAAGCUGUGGAUGCUUCUGCACACUGGAUCAACAGUAAAUGCUGAAAAUUGUCGCAUUUUAGCAUUUCUGUGAAUGUAUACUACUCUGACAAUGAUUGACAUCCAACCCUGAGUUUAUCACUAGUAGACGUCCAAACCGUUUGAAGUAGGAGUGUGGCAGCGAAUUAAUGUUUUCAUUUGCUGCCACACACCCACUUCAAACAAAUUGGACGCCUAGCUCUGUCGUUGGCAGCCGAUUCGUUAAAAAUGUCCAAGGGCAUGAUGCCUUUUUUUUUUUUUUUUUUUUUUUUGGUGCAAGGUUAAAGGUCCAUGACAUUGCCAUCCCUAAGGACAUUGAUCAGUCACGCCCUUUCAUAUCAAAACAUCCAUGCAUGUCUUUUGGACCUUGCUUUGUAAGAUGUGGAGGACCGUAAAGUUCACUACUGCUGAUUGCAUUUCCCGGAGGGAAACAAUAAAAUCACGUGGAAAAUGAAAGCAAGUUCCUCUGACUUGUUAAACGUUUCAUGCAAAAAAUAUGCCAACUUAAUUAGGAUUCAUAAGUUUUUAUAAUACUCUAGUAGUGAGUAACAAUGUACCGUAUUGGCCCGAAUAUAAGAAAGUGUAUUUUGCAUUGAAAUAAAACUGAAAAAUGCGGUCUAGACAUACCCAUUCACGGAGCGAUGUUCUGUCAUGACAACUCUCAGCUACUCUCCCCAUUCACGACGCUAGAUGGCGCCAGAUAUCAUUGAAGCGAUGUUCUGUCAUGACAGAUCUCAGCUACUCUCAAGUUUGCAUUGUUUUAUUGCAGUGUUUUUCCUUAUUCAGAUUUGUAUCAAGACUAUAGUUACAGUUAGACUUCACUUUGAUGGUUAAUGCAGUUAUUGCAAUUUUGUUGUUUGGUUUAUUUACAUUUCAAAAACCAGAAGCCAUUCAUUUACGAAUGUGAUUGCACUUUAGUUUACAUAUUUAAAUGUUCAGAUAUUAAGAUUUGAAUGAGGCAAAAGAACAUGCUUUUUCUCUCAAAUAUAUUGUAAUUAUUUUCUGUAUAAAAAUUAAUUUGGUGUUCAAAAAGUCUUUUUUUCAAACUUGAGUUUUGAAAAAGAGGGGGUCGUCUUAUAAUCAGGGCCGUCUUAUAUUCGGGCCAAUACGGUAUAUUGCCAAAAUGAUAUAAAACUUUCUAUUGGCAUUUUACAUAGAUAUAAAUAGACUUGUUCCUGCAAUGUACAUCACUGCCAGCAAAUGGCACCCAAUUUGCGUGGACUUAAAACAUUCAAUAUGCCAUGGUAGUAUCGACAAACGGCCUCAGCACUUAGUGUUUGCUAACCGUACGUGAGUAAUGUAAGACGAUUGGAAACACAUAAUAAAGACAAUUCAUUCCAAUAUCAAAUUUAGAAUAAAGCAGUCAUAAGUCAAAACCACUGGUUAGAAAUAGACUUUACCAUUUACAUCUGUAUGCAAUUAUGCUGCGCAUGUUUACACUUGUUUUAGGUUGCAGCAAUACUUCAGGUAUUUAACCUCUGCGGCGGGGGGGCGGGCGUCUUUGUUGUACAGUUUUUUUCACCAAAUUUAAAAUGUGCUAUAUCAUGGGAUAUCGGUAUAUGACAUUUUUUCCCAUAUUUAACAGUACUUGGGGCAGCGCGCUGACCUGAUUGUGUAUUCCAGUGUACGUCAGAUUUAAUACAGUGCUCAUUGAAACGCCAAAAAGUGGUAAAGCUCAUUUUUCUUCAAUAAAUUCUGAUGACAAUUUUUAAAACACUUUCCUAUAGCAUCACAAAAACAAAAGCAAAAAGCCAAAAUUUUAACUCAUUGGCUGCCAUUGAUGACAAUAGAUGUCCCAUUCAAUUUGGGGGGCGGCAGCAAUCACUCAAUUGCUGUCAACCCUCCUAGUCAAAAUGGUUUGGACUUCAACGCCGAUGAAACAUGAUCACUCAAUGCCAGCCAUCCCCGUUUACAUGGAUUUGAUGUCUAUGUCAAUGGCAGUGAAUGAGUUAAAUAUUCAAGGACAAUAUUUACAUUAUAUACAAAUACCUUCAAUAUUUCAGUGACUGUGUAACAACUACUCUAGUGUAACUUAGUCUAAUGGACAAUACAAGUUUUUUAUCAUGUGAAACUGAAAUGACAGAACCACUGAGUGAGAGGCUGUAAUAUACAUGUAUAUAAAUAUGACUUGGGGGAGGGGGUCAAUGUCCAUUGCUGCCUUCUGAUAGGAUGCGGCUCGGCUCUGUGAACUUAGCUGUAGCAAUGUAGAACAAGGCGGGACCGGGAACGAGAGCCAACAGCGGAAGGUCCUGCUCCAGCUUGUCGAGGCGUGAGAUGGAGAUGAUGCCAUACGCAUGGAGUAACCAGUGACUGAACAGGACUACCAGGCGCUUCUUCUUGGCAACCAGGUUUUUGAAGGUCUGUUUGGAGAGUUGAGAAGAACGAGUCAUGAAAGAGUUCAUUAUUCUGGAAAACUCACAGUUAAAACAAAUGUUACUGUAGUUAGGUAGUACUUUCAUGCGUUUUCUCAAUCAGUCACAUUGUCAUGCUUAACUGAGAACUUAUUAUAUAGUCCAGUGAAGAAAUAGAUAUAUUAGGCGGGACUAGAUUUAAAAGAAGAAAUUCAAAUUCGUGACUAAGCAAUAAAUUAACCCCUUGAUACCUGAAUUCACACUUAACAAAUAUACAUCAAAAAGUCAUGGGGGAAUACAUAAUAUAUAUAGACAGAAAAUUUUAAUUGACAAAUACAACAAAAAAAUUGGAAAAUCCUAGAUCACAAUAUUUUUAAAAAUACUAAAAACUAAAAAUUAGAAAAUAUAGAUAAUUACAGAUUAAAAUAAAACUUGAAAAAAGAUGA